GUUGAGUCGUCGAUACGAACCGAUAUCGCUGUUUUUGAACACGUAUAAAUGAUAUUGUCGUUUAUUGUCGGUUAUCUUCGGCGAUUAUUUAGAGAUUUGACGACUUAGUGAGUUAAAAGUUAAUUUAAUCUUUUUUCUAUGAUUCGACCUAUCGACCUGCGCAAAACUUUUCCCUUGUGGAAUAAUAUAUUUAAAAUAGUCGUUAACUUGUUAAGAAUUUCAGAGUGUGCUGUAUUGUGGUGAUGUGGUCAAUUGUUGCUUUCCGUGACAACUCUGUUGAGGUCGUACCAUCAAAAUGGUAUGACAGUGGAGUCUGUGCAUGGCCAAAAAGAAAUUUAAGAUUAUGCAUAGAUCAACAAUUAUCACCAAAUUCAAAUGAAUUUAGAUAUUUAAAUGGCCGAAAAUUAGGGAAAGAUACAAAUGAUUAUAAUAUUGCUCAAGAAAAAGCUAACAUAGCCAAAACCACUUCACAUUUGUCAAAUAAUGAAUCUUAUGAUAAUAGUAUACAGAAUAGCAUAAAACUUAAACAAAAAAGAAAAUUAUGUCAGCCAGAAGUAACUAAAAAAAGCUUAUGGAGCCCAGCCUCAAGUGACAUUUUUGAUGAUAGUGACACCGAUCCACAUUAUACCAUACCUAAAAUCAACAAAGGCACAUCACUAUCUCCUCAAACAAAUUCAAAUACAACCCAAAACAUGCCCUUAACAUGGCCGAAUUGCAAUCCCAAAAAGAAGCUCGACUUUGAUAAAUAUCUUAAAAAUUCCAGUCAAACUAAUCAAACACCUGAUGAUGACCAAACGACUACUGUAAUACAUACAUUAUCCUCUCCAUUUAAAGUUACUAGCAUCAUAAAUAAUGCUACAAAUAGUACUCCACAACAAUCAAAUGAUAACACUGAAAUUCUUGACAAACUAAACCGAAACAUAUUAAACAUAAAAUAUGAUGUGAAAUCUUUGAAUGAAAAAAUCGAUAAGCUGGAAGAUCUAAUAAUGAAUAUAAGAUCUAAUUCAUCUGUAUUCACUAAUGAAGAUGACAAUACCCAUGAUCAAGAUUCAUUUCAAUAUAUUAUCAACAAAAAUUUACCUUUGGAAGACGAAGAUUCUCUUCAAAGAUUUGAAGAUAAACUUUUAAACCAGGGCUAUAGGACUCAAAUGGUUAAUGAACUUAGUCGAUAUGUCCGUAAUACCAUAAGAUCAAUAAUGCGUUAUCUUUUCAAAAAUGGUUUGUUACAAACAUACAGCUAUAAAGGGCAAAAGAAGAAGAAAAUAUUUUCAACAUUAACAACGUGUUCCAUUAUAUUUGAUUCUGUGAAAAAAAUGAAGAGAUACCAGAAGUAUGAUAAAAUCAAUGUAGAACAAUCAAUCAAAAUAUUCAUUGCUAGUGCUAAGUUUAGAAAAAACAAGCCUUGUCAAGAACAAUCAUCAGAUAUUUAAUAAUUUAUGAUUUAAUAAAAUAAAACUGAAUUAUAACAAUGGUGGUACUCAUGUUUGUAAAUAAAAAAUAUAUUUGUUUUCGUAAGGAACUCACAGAAUGAAUAAUAAA